UCAUGUUGUCAGAAGCUUUACUCUUGAUUUUAUUGUGAAAGUGAUUGUCCGGUUGACUCUUCGUUAGUUUUUCAUAUUUAUUCAGUAUUAUACAAAUUCUAUGAUUAAUUUAGAACAGUAACUUAACCUUUCGGAAUUUUUUUUCGCCUGGUUUAGCUCUUGGACAAAAUAGGGAUACACUGGCCUCCCUCUCGCCGCUUUCUUGACAACACAUACAGCUCCUCUCCAUUUGCCAAAUUUUUGAUCCGGACACCUGUAGAAACAGGUAACUACUGCAACGUCCUCUACACGCAUAACUAGGAAUUGGUUUUGGAACACAUCCUGGGUAUUGCAAAAAGUGUAUAACUGGAGUUGCCUGACAUUCGUCGACACCUACAAUUGCCUUGGUGGUUUCACUUUGGAGGCAUAUUAAAAGACCGACGCUCACUGUACCCACACACGCGUAAUGUGUGAAUAAUAACGAUCGAUUAAGAAUUACUUACCGAGGUAUGAUCGCAAUGUGUCAUCGAUGAAGAAGCUGAAAAAAACGUCGGAUUGCGUGAGAGGCGGGCAAGCGGUAGGUGCACCGAACGCGAACGGAGAUGCGUCACCCGCACGUGUGUGCAGAGAUUUUCUACGGAACGUAUGCCACAGAGGGAAGCGUUGCAAGUAUCUCCACGAACGGUCCGAGGAUGAUCCUGUAGAAGAGUACACGUUCUGUCAUGAUUUCCAAAAUGGAAUGUGCAACUGGCCGGGUUGCAAAUUCCUCCAUUGCACGGAAAGCGAGGAGAAACGGUUCAGAUCGACGGGAGAGUUACCCGCGCACAUUCUGAGCAGACUGAAAAACAACAAUGAAAAGUCCGAGUACCCGAUGUGCAAAGAUUUUAUCAAGGGCAGCUGCCAAAGAACCAAUUGUAAGUUCAGACAUUGGAAGAGCGAAGAACCACAACAUAACAUGAUCGUAGCUUCUCAUCAUAAUGUGUCCAGGCCUCAGCAUAAUUUCAAUGGCCCUAACAAUGGAGAGAUCCGCAGAUACGAAGAGGAUAGAAAUUUUCAUUGGCAAAUGGAAGAUCAACAUAACUUGGUCACAAACAAUAGCUACAACCCAUCCUCGCACCCGCCUGAUUACAUAGGCCCUCCUGAACCAAAGAGACGAAUAGUUUCUGGCGAGACUGUUGUUCAUUUUGAAGCUUCACCGCUUGUUGGCCAACAUACGGCGCAGCCAGUUACUUCGGGAUAUUAUUAUCCAGUAAUACCGCGCAAUGAAGCUAGAGCAAUCGUGUUAGAAGACGAAAAUGCAUUAUUGAGGAAGAAGAUAGAAGAAUUAAAAAAACAAGUCAGUGAUUUAACGGCGACCAAUGAGUUUCUUUUGGAUCAGAAUGCUCAGUUAAGAAUGUCAGGAAAACGAACUGCCAAUGUAACGGCGGUUACAGUUCCAGCAGUUACCAUUACUAAUACUGUUCCACCAUCGCAAGCGCCGACGCCUCAACAAAUGGUCAAUGCGGCAGUAGCUGCUGGAACACUACGUACGGUUACUGCGAGUGUUGCAACUGUUCCUGUAAGUAUAGCCACAGUUGCACCGGUCUCUAUUGCAGCAGUUUCAAUGGCACCAGUGUCUAUACCACCACCAAUAGUUACGAUGGCCCAGCAAACGAUCACAAUGAGCGGUUCGGGUCCGCAAGCGACCAAUCAACAGCAACCUAAUACACAACAACCUGCCAAUUUACCUCUUUCUAUAUCUGGCGCGACCGCGCCGCUGGUUUCUUAUCCUAUUAUGACUCAAGAACUUAGGCCCGUGUUACAGUAAGUUACAUCUGUGAAAGUAACAUCAAACAAUACCUCAAUCACAUAGACGAGUCAAGGAUGCUGUCUUCUGCAUUCAGUCUUUCAAGAUAAUAACGUAUUUCUAAUUUCUUUGGGCCGUACGUGAUGGGCGCAUAGAAUAGAUAUACCUACAAUCGAUCAAAAUAUAUUCUUUAGAGAAAUACAGUGAAAAUAUGGUAAUUAAUAAACACGACAUCCUAGAUCUUUAUGUAGGAUUUCCUAGAAAUUUUCGUACAGGACAAACGUAACGAUCAUGACUGUUUCUUCGGCAGUACGGUUUAAAUGAAA